AUGCGCGAGUACGAGCUCGAGCAGACGUUCGACGUCCCGCUGGAGACGUUCCUCAGGGUCGUCUACGGCGACGACGGCUUCUUCCUGACGCGGUAUCACGCGGAGACGGGCGACGGCGACGACGCGCACGUCUCCGUGCCGCCGUGGCGACCCACUACUGCCAAGACGGCGUCGACGCCGCCCGCAGACGAUUCCGCCUUCGACGCGACCGAAUCGUCGCGCGACUCGUCGUCGACGCCGUCGACGCCGCCGCGAGGCGUCGGCGUCGUCGCCUCCGCCGAGCGCGUCGUGACCUUCGCGAAGCGAAUGACCGUCCCGGGCGUCAUCGAGCGCCUCCUCGGCGUGUCCUCCGUCGCGACGCUGCGAUUCGAGGAGACGCAGAGGUUCGAGUUCGACGCCGCCGCCGGCGUCGCGACGGUGUCCAGCGCGCCGACGCUGUUUUCGCCGCGCGCGCCCGGCGCGAUCGCGAACGCGGAGCUGUUCAAGACGGACGUCAUCGCGCGGUACUGGUCGAUACCGCCCGGGGACGGGGACGGGGACGGCGGGGACGGGGACGGGGACGGGGACGGGGACGGGGACGGCGGGGCGCGCGCGCGGACGGGGAUGCGCGCGACGAUUCGUUGCUCGGCGGCGGGCGCGUGGGCGCUGCGGCCGGUCGUCGAGAAGAUGCUGGAGCAUCGCGCCGCGGGGGCGUUCCGCGAGUGGGCGAAGCGAUGCGACGAGUUUUUGAGCGAGCAUCACGGGGUAACGGACGGGGAGAGGCCGUUACCGAGGAUGAAGGUUUUGGACGGCGCGCGUCUGGACGCGCACGCGGGGGGCGCGUCGCCGAGACGGAGAGGGCUGUCGUCGUCUGGAUCCGUGAAAGCGCACGGAACGCCGCCGCCGCCGGCGCGAACGCCGACGCCGCCGAUGAAUAUCGAGGACGAAGACGCGGAAGUGGCACCACGUGGCGAUGACGUGGCAGGCGACGUGGCGCGCGAAGGCGAAGGCGAAGGCGACGACGACGACGACGACGCGUCCGAAUACGACGACGACGACGAGUUCGAGGAUGCGCGGUCGUUCGCGUCCACGUCAUCCGCCACGUCAGCAUCCGCGAGGGCGUUCGCGCGCGAUCGCGCGAAGUUCGCGACGCCCGGGGCCGCGGACUCCCCCGACGUCGUCCACGCGGCGGGAGAGGGCGACGACGCGCUCGGUCCGAGGACGACGACGACGACGAAACCAACGCGAUCGACGACGACGCCGACGCCGUCGCCGCCGCGCGCGGACGACGUCUUCGCGAACUCGUGGUUCAUGCAGACGGUGCUCAAAGACCUCGGGGCGCUGCGGAGCGCGAACCGAGAGACCGCCGCGAGGCUCGCGGCGCUGGAGGAGAACGUCGUGGCGACGAGGGCGGAUAACCAAGCCUUACGCGCGGAGCUCGCGAGGGACCGAUUCUCUGGCGGCGGCGGCGGCUCCGGCGGCGGCGGCGGCGACUUCGGGUCCCCGACGACGACCGGCAGCGGCGGCGUGCGAUUCCUCGGGUCCGAGAGGCGAACAAUUCGCAUGGGAGGGUCCGCAGAUAACGCUCGGGAACGGGACGUUUCGUCGACCGUCGCGGCGGCGACGCCGAGGGCGCUGUUCGAAGACGACGCGUCGCACCGCGCGGAUGACUACCGCGCGGGUCUCGGAUGGCUCGGCCGCGAGCGCGACGACGGCGGCGCGGGCGACGCGUGGACGCCUAUCGGGCUGGGAUUACUGCGAUGGAGCGGCGUCGUCCUCGCCGCAACGAGCGUGGGGGUCGUCAUCGGGAGGGCGAUGUCGAGAAACGCCGAGCGCGACGCGUUCCGGUGGUGA